AUGGCCACUCAGAUCUGCUCCUCAGUCUUCUCUUCUGGAUCCAUCAAGGGCCACUGUGGCACAGCAGGUGGCAUCUCUCGGGUGUCUUCUGUCCGCUCUGUGGGCUCCUGCAGGGUCCCCAGUCUUGCUGGUGCUGCAGGGUCUGCCUCCUCAGUCAGGAUGGGCCUCUCCAGCCUUGGGAGCUGCUUGCCUGGCUCCUACCUGUCUGCUGGGUGCUACCCCUCUGGCUUCAUUGGGAGCGGGGGCUGGUCCUGUGAGGGCACCUUCAAUGGCAGCGAGAAGGAGACCAUGCAGUUCCUGAACGACCGCCUGGCCAACUACCUGGAGAAGGUGCGCCAGCUGGAGCGAGAGAAUGCAGAGCUGGAGAGCCGCAUCCGGCAGUGGUAUGAGUCUCAGAUCCCGUACAUCUGUCCAGACUACCAGUCCUACUUCAAGACCAUCGAGGAUCUCCAGCAGAAGGUCCUGCUGACCAAGGCUGAGAACAACAGGCUGGUCCUGCAAAUCGACAACGCCAAGCUGGCUGCCGACGACUUCCGGACCAAGUAUGAGAUGGAGCUGGGCUUGCGGCAGCUGGUGGAGGCCGACACCAACGGCCUGCGCAGGAUCCUGGACGAGCUGACCCUGUGCAAGGCUGACCUGGAGGCCCAGGUGGAGUCUCUGAAGGAGGAGCUGCUCUGCCUCAAGAAGAACCAUGAAGAGGAAGUCAACGCACUCCGUUGCCAACUCGGGGACCGACUGAAUGUGGAGGUGGAUGCCGCCCCCCCAGUGGAUCUCAACAAGAUCCUGGAUGAUAUGAGAUGCCAGUAUGAGGCCCUGGUGGAGAAUAACCGUAGAGACGUGGAGACCUGGUUCAACACCCAGACCGACGAGCUGAACCAGCAGGUGGUGUCCAGCUCGGAGCAGCUGCAGUGCUGCCAGACGGAGAUCAUCGAGCUGAGACGCACGGUCAACGCCCUGGAGAUCGAGCUGCAGGCCCAGCAUAGCAUGCGGAAUUCUCUGGAAUCCACCCUGGCAGAGACGGAGGCCCGCUACAGCUCUCAGCUCGCCCAGAUGCAGUGCCUGAUCAGCAACGUGGAGUCCCAGCUGGCCGAGAUCCGCUUGGACCUAGAGCGGCAGAACCACGAGUACCAGGUCCUCCUGGAUGUCAAGGCCCGGCUGGAGUCUGAAAUUGCCACCUACCGCCGCCUGCUGGAAGGAGAAGACUGCAAGCUGCCUGCCCACCCUUGUGCCACAGAAUGCAAGCCCGCCAGUAGAGUUCCUUAUGUCUCGAGCAUGCCCUGCGCCUCGGCUUCCCAGGUCGGCACCCAGAUCCGCACCAUCACCGAGGAGAUCAGAGAUGGGAAAGUCAUUUGCUCCAGGGAGCACAUGCAGCCCUGCCCGCUGUAACCGGCCACCCGGCCCACCGGGACAGGCCUCGGCCCACAGGGAGGAGAACACCCCUGUGUCUCCCAGCUCUUAAUGAUCCCCCCAUCCCUAGAGGGGCUUCCCGCUCAGCAGGUUUUUCUACCAAAAUACUUCUCAGAUUGUGUUUCUGGACUUAACUGCUUUCGCGCAUGCAAAACUAGGUUUCCCUGGAAAUUUACCCAAUAAAGUAUUUUCUUGGCAUAGCAAACU